GUAGUGGUGGUGGUAGUGGUGGUGGUAGUGGUGGUGGUAGUGGUGGUGGUAGUGGUGGUGGUAGUGGUAGUGGUGGUAGCUGGCUGGCUGGCUGGCUGGCUGGUUGGCUGGCUGACUGGCUGGCUGGCUGGCUGGCUGGCUGGCUGGCUGGCUGGCACUGGCUGCUCUGGUUCAGUCUAUGCUGGAAGGUGACACUGUCAGGAUCACUGCCUCUCACUGCCACUGCUUCCCACUCUCUCACUCACCCCCGUCCCUCCCAGUACCAGUACUUAGACCAGUACCAGGACCAGUACCAGGACCAGUACCAGGACCAGGACCAGUACAAGUGCCAGGACUAGUAUCACUUCUAGGACCAGUACAAGGACCAGUACCAGAGCCAGGACCAGUACCAGAACUAGUUCUAGGACCAGUACCAGUUCCAGUUCCCAAGGUGGCUGUUGCUGCCAGCCAGGUGGUUGCUACCCCCAGCCAGGUGGUUGCUACUGCCAGCCAGGUGGCUGGGACUGGCUGCCCUCUGCUCCUGGACGAUUUGUCUCAAUCAAGUGACCCACCUUCCAUUAUCCACCAGCCCACCCUUCAACCCACCUUCAACCCACCCACUAAAACACCCACUACGCCAACCCACCCUUCAACCCACCCACGACACUAACCAACCCUUCAACCUACCCACCACACCGUCCCACCCAUUAAAACACCCCACCAACCACACCAACCCACCCUACAACCCACUCUCUCUCUCUCUAACCCACCAGCGAUAAUCUCCACAAAUCGCUGUAAAUCUCUUAAGCAAGAAACAGCAGAUAUCUAAGAGAUAAUUACCCUGCUAAUUACCCUGCUAAUGAGAGACCCAAGACCAGUGGUCUGGUGAUUAGCAGAGAGGGAGACCAGCCAGGAUCAGUCACCUGAGAGAUAGAGGUAGAGUGAUAGAUA